AUGAAGCCUGCCGGAUACUCUGCUUGUCUUCUUCUCAUUCUCGCCACGUGUAUUGCUUCUGUCUGUUCUGAGGAUACGAAGUAUGACUUGUCGGACAAACAUCAGUUCACAUUCUACUUCCGUGAUAGAUGGGAGACCAUGUUCAAUACUCCACAACCAGUUGCCAACCCAGCCAAAGCCGACAUCGUGACUUUGAUUGGAGAUCAACUGUAUUUCCAACCGUGCUACACCGUUGCUCGUCAAUCUGGAAAACGUUAUUUCACUGAUCGUUUGUGGGGAAUGAUGAAUGCUCUCAAGAACUGUCAUGUCACUGCCUCAACCGUCCUUCCAGUCGAUCCGACAAUCAACAAGGAUCAAGCAGUUCUUGAAUUGGAAUUCAUUCAGAAUGCUACUUAUAAAAGCUAUACGAAACGUCUUCAUGAGAUUUCAAUGGAGGUCAAGGCACGCAAAACUGGAGGAAAUGAUCCGUAUCGUAUCUAUAGAAUCACUGAAGUGUGCUCCUAG